UCACGUUCAGUGGGUGUGAAGAACACUCUCUGUGAGACGCACUCCAUUAACUUUGGACAGACAUUAACGGGAACACGGAUGAGCGAAUGAGAGACUGUCGAAAAGCAAGUGUUUGAGAUUCCACAUGACCACGUUGGUAACCUCCAGGCAGAUCAAAGGCAAAGCAUGAUAUAUAAAGCAGAGAGUCUGCGGGAGAGUGAGAGACUAUAAAGAAGGAGGAUAUCCUAUCUCUGCAAGCUGCACUGAGGUUUGUGUUGGAGUGACAGACAGAAUUUCUGACUCAAAGAGAUCAUGUAACGUUCACUGUUGGAGGAGCAGAAUGCAGCAGACAUUUAAUUGUGCGUUCUUUACAAUCAAUCGCCAACAAAAUUGACACAAAUAAGUCUAAGUCAAGGUUCCAUUGGAUUCUAAAGUGGAUUGGAGGCACUGAUGGAAAUGAUGUUUGCUGGGCCAGUGAAGCGUUUGUACAUCAUGCUGUUUUAUUUGUUGAUAGACUGCAAUGAUUCCACUCAGUCACUUACUUCAGGGAAAAGGUUCAUCUUAGCUUUCCUUCAAAACUAUGACAGUUCUGCUGUUCUCACCAUGCACGUUGUCACUUAUGACAGACCGACAGUAGUAACAAUUUCCGUUGCGGAGCCGUAUUAUAGCCGCUCAGUGCUGAUAGCGAAGAACAGCACCGGCACUAUAGUUCUGAAUUCCACCUACAUGCUGUCGGGUAACCAAAUGUCCAAAAGUGCCAUUACCGUGAUAUCGAACGAAGACAUCACCGUCAUCGCGCUAAAUGGGAGGUCGAAGACUUAUGAUACAUUCCUAACGUUGCCAACCCCCGUGUUGGGUACCAAAUACUAUAUUAUCACCUACAGUGUAGACAGUCUGUAUAACGUGAAGCAGUUCGCCAUCGCUAACAGCAAUGAGAAUGCUCUGAUCACCAUCAGGGUCUGUGGUUCUCUGAGCUUCAAUGGGACCAAGUACAGCGACAAAGACUCGUUCUCGUUCCUCAUGGAGCCCAACGAGGUGGUUCAGUUUCAGAGCGAGAUUGACCUGACCGGGACCAAGAUCGUGGCUUCAAAGCCGGUGGCUGUCUUCAGCGGGGACCAGUGCAUCACCGUUCCGCCCAGCAACUGCGACCACGUCGGGGAGAAUCUGUACCCGGUGGACAAGUGGUCCGAUUCCUUCAUCAUCUUCCCCCUCAUGAAGAAGAAGAAGCAGGAUAUCAUCACCGUCGUCGCCUCAGAGAACGACACCACCGUGAACGUUCACACGGAGGCAGGCGACCAGCAGUUGCUCCUUCAGGAGUCAGCUCACUGCAACCUGACCGUGACCGGAGGGAUGGCCCUGAGCUCCGACAAGCCCGUCAUGCUCAUUUAUUUCUUCACCGGGGGUAGUAACUCCAUAGUGUCGACGUUUGACCCCUUCCUGCUGACGGUCAUCCCGUCCAUCUUCUUCAGCAAUUCCUACGCCUUCGUGACCAUGCAGAGUCUGUUCAAUUACCUCCUCGUCAUUUCACUGGGGCACAACGGCGCCGACAUUGAGUUGGACGGCGCCCUGCUCAGCGCGUACGCCUCCGAAAUUUUGACCUUCGCCGGCUUCACGGCCGUCAGGAUCUACCUGGGCGAAACCGGGAGGCGACAUCUCAUCUCGCACCCUUCCGCUCACUUCGCCAUCUACGUCUACGGCAUCGGACGUGCCGAGUCCUACGGCUACCCGAUGGGCAACAUACGGCCGCCCGCCAAAGAGGAAAAAUGGGGCUCAUUGACGUGCCUACCCCAGGCUGCUGUGUACACCCUGCCAUCCAGUGUGCUCGUCAGUGCCAAGUUAUCGACGGCUGACGUGCAUCUCAUUGAUCCGACGUGCCAUGCUGACCAGAGAGAUGAGAACUGGGUCAUCAUUACAGCUCCAUUUAAUUCCUGUGGCACCACAAUUGUUAAUGAGACUGGGAAGAUAGCUUACUUCAACAUAGUAUACGGAACUGCCCCUCAAACCUCGAUACAUCGUCUCCAGAUCAAACUCAAUUGUGAGAUGUUGACGGUUGAGAAUAUCACUAUGGCAUUUGUGCCCCGUACCCUGUACGCAUCCCACGUGGGCCACUACAACAUGUCAUUUACGCUAUUUCAGUCAGAAGCCUUCAACGACCCAGUUCUGGAUUUCCCCUAUGAAGUGGAACUGAACAGGACGCUGUUUGUUCAGAUGAAGGCAGAAACCACUGAUAAGGGAGUGGAGAUAUUUACCGAGAGCUGCGUGUCUGUCCCAUCACUGAAUGGCAAUGUCGUAGCUUACACUAUUAUUGAAAAUGGUUGCGCCAGGGAUCCUACACUCAGGUCACACCAGUCGAGUGAUCCGAGGGAGCAGCGUUUCAGCUUCCACGUGUUUAAGUUUCACGACUAUCCGAAGGUCUACGUGCUGUGUGAGGUGAUAAUCUGCCACAAGGGCUCGCUUCCCAAUCGCUGUGCUCAGGGCUGCUUCCCGGCCAAACACAAGAGGGACCUCAGUACACGGGACAAUAAAGUCAAGUCAGCUCGGCUGUCGCAGGGACCCAUUGUCUUUCGCCGUGACUUUGAAGAUCUCAUCCGCCUGCAGGUGAACUCAGAGAGGAGGGGGAGCAGCAGCUAUGCCCCCAUUCUUGGGGUACUUUCGGGGGGGUUUCUCAUUUCCAUCUUCGGCUUGAUGUUCCAGAGAAGAUACUACUUACACCAAUUCCGCGGAUUCAGGAGGAUACCAAGUAGCUGAAUGCUUUGUCUUAAAGCGAGCUCCGUGUCUGUUCCCUCAUCUCUUUUAGUUGUGGCUUAAACUGUUCAGUAGAGCAAUUGAAAUCUUGAUAGCAGUGGCCUUCCUCUCAACACUGAAUGAAUGAUUAUAUAACAUUGUGAAUCACUCAAAAGCCUCAUUAAUUAGGUCUGAUCAUCAAAACUGCCGAAAUUGUGGAAAAAAAUCAGCAAAUGCUUGAUUACUGUAAGGCUGUAAUUUUACAAAGUCUCAGCUGUCUGCAUUCCGC